AGCUUCCGCCUGGCGCCGAGCUGAGAACCAAAUGAAAAAUAAAAAGCCGAAAUAUUGGUUUUUUAAGUUUUGGACCGCAGUGUCCACAGGGGAGCAGGCCCGGAUUAUCUUUAAUGGCACUGGUCAGUCACGGGGCCCCCAUUAGAGGUAGAGGCCUGAGGCAAGGGACACUACCGUCCCUCUGGGUGCACCUCCCCCGCCGCACUAUCCCUGCCGAGACCCUGCCCCACGCGCCCCUCCCACUCCGGAGCAGCCGCGGGACUUGCCUCCGCCCCCCGCGCGCUUGCGCAUUCGCGACCGAGACAGGCGCUCUCCCGUAUUCUGGCGCCGCUGACUCCACGGCUGGACGAUCCUCGGAGUCCGGUGGCGGUUCGCUGGGGCCAGGGAAGCGUGGAGGGGGGGUUCCAAUCAAGAAAAGGCUGGGGUGUCCUGAACCGUGCCUGCUUCCCCAGCCCUGCCGGUUUCCAGAGGAGGCGCCUGAGAAGGAGAAACGAAUCGCUGCUGCUCUUCUAAAAGCCGGUUCCGUCUCUGGCAUCUGUGGACCCUGCUUCUGAAGUAAAUGAACCUUGAGGAACAUUGACCCGGUUCUUUCAAUUCUAAAAUCAUGGCUCGUGAUUUGGUGAUGUUCAGAGAUGUGGCUGUAGACUUUUCUCAGGAAGAGUGGGAAUGCCUGAACUCAUAUCAGAGGAAUUUGUACAGAGAUGUGAUAUUAGAGAACUAUAGCAACUUGGUGUCACUGGCAGGAUGUUCCAUUUCUAAGCCAGAUGUGAUCACCCUAUUGGAACAAGGGAAAGAGCCCUGGAUGGUUAUGAGGGAUGAGAAAAGAAGAUGGACUCUAGAUUUGGAAUCCAGAUAUGACACUAAAAAGUUAUUUCAAGAAAAGGAUAUUUAUGAAAUGAACUUAUCUCAGUGGAAGGUAAUGGAAAGAAUUAAAAGCUGUGGACUUGAAGGACAAGAAAGUCCUCAUGAAGUGUGUUUCACGCAAGUGACAAAAACCACUUCUGGAAAAACGCCUACCUACAGAAAACUCACAUCUCUUCCUCUGUAUCAGAAGAGUCAUAACAGAGAGAAACCCUACGAAUGUGGGGAAUGUGGGAAGGCUUUUAGAGUACGACAACAACUUACUUUCCAUCAAAGAAUUCAUACUGGUGAGAAACCCUAUGAAUGUAAAGAAUGUGGAAAAGCCUUUAGACAGUGUGCCCACCUCAGUCGACAUCAGAGAAUUCAUACUUCUGACAAACUCUAUGAAUGUAAAAAAUGUGGAAAGAUCUUCACAUGUGGCUCAGACCUUCGAGUACAUCAGAGAAUUCAUAUUGGUGAGAAACCGUAUGAAUGUAAAGAAUGUGGGAAAGGCUUUAGAGUUAGAGGACAACUUAAUCUCCAUCAAAGGAUUCACACAGGUGAGAAGCCCUAUGAAUGUAAGGAAUGUGGGAAGGCCUUUAGGCAGUAUGCACACCUUACUCGACAUCAGAGACUUAACAUUGCUGAGAAGUGCUAUGAGUGUAAGGAAUGUGGUCAGGCCUUUCUGUGUAGUACAGGCCUCCGAAUACAUCACAAACUUCAUACUGGAGAAAAACCCUAUGAAUGUAAGGAGUGUGGAAAGGCCUUUAGAGUGCGGCAACAACUUACUCUCCAUCAGAGAAUUCACACUGGUGAGAAGCCUUACGAUUGUAAGGAAUGUGGGAAGACUUUUAGUCGUGGCUAUCAUCUAACUCUCCAUCAGAGAAUACAUACUGGUGAGAAGCCCUAUGAAUGUAAGGAAUGUCAGAAGUUCUUUCGUCGUUACUCAGAACUUAUUUCACAUCAAGGUAUUCACAUUGGAGAGAAACCUUAUGAAUGUAAGGAAUGUGGGAAGGCAUUUAGACUGUUCUCACAGCUUACUCAACAUCAGAGUAUUCAUUUUGGUGAGAAACCCUAUAAGUGUAAGGAAUGUGAGAAGACUUUUAGACUGCUUUCACAACUUACUCAACAUCAAAGUAUUCAUACUGGUGAAAAGCCCUAUGACUGUAAGGAAUGUGGAAAGGCCUUUAGACUUCAUUCAUCACUAAUUCAACAUCAGAGAAUUCAUUCUGGUGAGAAACCUUACAAAUGUAAGGAAUGUAAAAAGGCAUUUAGACAACAUUCACAUCUUACUUACCAUCAGCGAAUUCAUAAUGUAACUUAAUAGUUAUUAGAACUCUUCCGUUGUGAAUUUUAUGUUGCGCAUAGGAAGUACAUUCUAGAGGAAAGGUUUUUGAACGUGGGAAUCCCUUUUGCUUCAUGCUCACAACUAAGGAAGUUUUAUUUAAAGGAAAGAAUACGUUAAUGAACAUAUGGAAGCCUUUCAUCACCUUUGAAACCAUGUUAUAGGAAAUUCAUCCUAGAAAGGAACUUUAUUAAAGUACUGAAUGUGGAAAAGCUUUUGAUCUUACCUAUUAUUAUCUCCAUAUUCUUCCAUCUGUGUAGUAUACACAAGGAGGUUGCCAGGGAACCACCUCAUUCUGAAAAUGUGCAAAUGAAAGGAAAGUCAUUUAGUCUGCAUUUCCUGUGUAAACUGUAUUUCAAGGCAACCAGAAGUUAAUGAGGUAAAGUUCUUCUUUAUUAGAAAAUUCCAGGCUAAUGAAUGCAGAAAGAAUAAUAGAAAAUUGUAUUAGAAAAACUAUUGUGUAACACAUAAUGAAAUAAUGGAUUUAGGCAUGAUUCUCUGUAGAGGUUGAGACUAUUCAGUGAAAGGUUGUGAACUUUACAAUGAAUAGAUGAGACUGACAACAUCUGAACCCACUGAUCAUCUUAACUUCACAAAAAGCAAGACAGUAAAAAUUAUGUGCCUCCUAAUGUGAUACAGUAAGAUAAACACAUCUUGCCAAAAAUACUGAACCUGAAUUUAAGCCUCAAGAACUAACUCCCAGUUUAUAGAAAAUUCAAGGAAUGGAAAAGUAAAUUACAUGACAUGAAAAGGAGCAAUUAAAUAUAAAAUAAGGGUAAUUCUACAAGAGGAAUCACCUGGUUUCCCAACCAAUAAAAUGGCAUUUUAAGAAAUAAGGUGGAACCCUUAGGUAUUGACAGACUUGAGACAACAUCAGUCACAUGCAAUGAAAGAGUGGUUUUCACUUAGAUCAUGAGUUGAACAAACGUAAAAGAAGACAUACUUAUAAUAAUUGGGAGAAUGGGAAUAUUGACAAUAUUAGAUAAUAUUAAACUUUUUGUUAUGUGUGAUAAUAGCAUUGUGGUUAUGUAAAAGUAUUAGAGAUAAUUUCUGAAGUUUAUACACAGGAGAUGAUAUUCUGGAAUGUCAUUUUGUUCAUGCAAAAGAAAAAUGAGGAUGAAUAACAAGUUUGGCAAAAUGAUGGUAACCUAAGUCUUGGAUACAUGGUUUUUAUUUGUUUUUGUUAUUCUCUCUACUUCUGGGUUUUUAAAAUUUUCCAUGAUGUUCUUUUAAAGAUCAAAUUAUCCAUGAAAUUAUAACCAGUUUAAAAUGAAUUAUUAAAAAAAAUUUCUGGCUAGACGUGGUGGCUCAUGCCUGUAAUCCCAGCACUUUGGGAGGCCAAGGUGGGCAGAUCAUGAGGUCAGGAGUUUGAGACCAGCCUGACCAUCCUGGCAAAACCUCAUCUCCACUAAAAAUACAAAAAUUAGCCGAGCAUGGUGGCAUGCACCUGUAAUACCAGCUACUCGUGAGACUGAGACGGGAGAAUCACUUGAACCCAGGAGGCAGAGGUUGCAGUGAGCCGAGAUCAUGCCAUUGCACGCCAGCCUGGGCAACAAGAGCAAAACUCCAUCUCAAAAAAAAAAAAAAAUUUGUACAUAUUAAAACUUGUGGAUGUUGCCAAAGCUGUACACAUUGGGAUUGGAAUAUUAAUUACACUAUAAUAACGAUAAAUGUAUUCAGGAAGUUAAAAUGUGGGUCCACAUUUUAUUUAGUUCACCUCUCUAUCUCUGUAUUAUAGUACCCAUGGUAUGCACCUUUUUUUUUUUUUUUUUUUUGAGACGGAGUCUCUCUCUAUCGCCCAGACUGGCGUGCAGUGCUACAAUCACAAUCUCGGCUCACUGCAAGCUCUGUCUUCCGGGUUCAAGCCAUCUCCUCCCCCAGCCUUCCGAGUAGCUGGGAUUACAGGCGCCUGCCACCAUGCCAGGCUGAUUUUUGUAUUUUUAGUAAACAUGGGGUUUCACCAUGUUGGCCAGGCUGGUCUCAACUCGUGACCUCAGGUGAUCCACCUGCCUCAGCCUCCCAAAGUGCUGUGAUUACAGGCGUGAGCCACGCGCCCGGCCAGUACUUCAUAUGUUUAAAGAAUGAGUAAAAGAAAGCAAUUACUACUGCUAAAUGUGGGAAAUAAUGGACUAGACCUGUACUGUCUAAUAUAUGGUAGUCACUAGCAACCUGUUGAGCACUUGAAAUUGAGUUAUUGAGCACUGAAAUGUGGCUAGUCCAAAUUCAAAUGGUGGUAAAUGUGAAACACAAGAUUCUAAAGACUUAGUUGUUUUUAAAAAGUUAAGUAUCUCAGUUUUUCAUAUUGAGUACAUAUUGAAAUAAUAUUUUAGAUAUAUUGGUUCAAAUAAAAUACAUUAAAAUGAAUAUUUUUUGUUUUUAAAAAAUGUGUUACAGGAAAAUUUUAUAUCUGUAGCUCACAUAUUUCUGUUGUCAGCACUGGUAUAAAUAAUAAAAAGUAGACUUGGUUGUUUUUGUGUGUUUCUUUAAAGGAUACCAAUAUAAUCAAGACCUUGGCAGUCUUGAUCACAGAAUAGAAAUAUGAAAGAUUACACAGCUACAGCUAUAUGAAUCAUAAAAGCGGCAGCUAUGGAUUUUUAAAGUUAUAAGUUGCUAUACUAUAGAUAUGUAAUGUGUAUGUGUAUAGUGUGUAGGUAUAUAUAUUUAUACACACACUAUACAUGUAUUUUAAAAUAUUGAAAAUCCAGAAUUAUUUUAUGGAAAAAAUAUACUAAAAUUUACUUCACAUGCUGAAGAAAGCCUGAGUAGACCAACAAACAAAGGAAAAAUUAAGACAGUUAGAAGAUAAUGCUUUCUAAAAGAAUACAUUUAGAAUCUGACUUUUUUUUUUUAAAUCCUACUCUCCCGAGCCAGAGUAGUCUCAGAGAGACUCCGAGAACCUAAUUUUUUAGAAGUAAAAUAUUUGAAGAAUUGGUAAUUGCUAAAUUUUUCCAACAUACUAUUCUACAAGACUAACCUAAAACUGAUUAUAUGAACUAGAUGAGGAGGGCUGGGGAAACCAAAAUCUAGACAUUUCCCGUAUAAAGAGAAAUCUAGUAAUUCUAAUUUCUAUGGCAAAUUAUAUCCAAUGGUUUAAAUAUAGAAUAGAAAAUCAUUUAUGUGGAAUAUCUUGGACCAGAUCCCUCUGGCUGUAAUUAUAUAUUUAGAUUCUAGGCAUUCUACCUUCAGAACAUCGUAAUGAUAGUGAAAGAGGUAUGAUUCUGGCCCAGUAUCAUCCCAAUUGAUGCUGAUUGUCUUUUCUUCUUUAGCUUUCUAUGUAUUAAGAAUGGAAUAAAUUUUGUGGAUGUAAAAGUAUAACCCAACACCUUAAAAUUACCUUCUCAAAAUUAAUAAAGACAGAGUUCUUAUAAAUGAUUACAUCAGUUGGACUUCAGUGAUUUCACUGCGGUCAUCCAUUGUGAACUGUAUUUGCUGCUAUAAUUGGGAAGCUAUGAUGUUCAGUGUAUUACAUCAUUAUAUUCCAUUUCUGAAAUGGAAUAUGAAACUUGAUAGCAUUUGAAACCAUUUCCCAGGAAAUGCUAGUGCUUGAUGGCAUUUAAAAAAAAAUCUUUCUGUGGUUAAAUGAGCAUAUUAAAGUAUUGCAUAUUAAAAUUAAUAAUUGUUUUAGAAAAUAAAACUAUAAGCUUCUCCAAAUGAAGUAAUGAGAGUUUAAUUGAUUUUCUUUAACUUAAUAUAUCUGAAGCACCUUUUACCAUGUAACUUUCACUCUCAAUGCCUGUGAGUAUGUUUGGGAUACGAACCCAUUUUAACAGAUAACUUCUGUAACUGAAACAGGUGACGGCAAAGGUGGAAAGUUCAGACCUCAUGCCAGGUGGUUAGUUGUGUUGGAAGGUGGAUGUGAGGUAUGUUUCCCUGGAUGUGGCAUCAUGUUCUAAAGUCACCUUUUUGAAUAUUGAACUGUUGCUUUUCUGCAGAAAUAAAAUUUCUGAAUCAACACUAUACUACAAUGAAAAUGAACAAUCUAUGACUACGUACAACAAUACAGAUAAAUCUCAAAAGUAUAAUGCUGGGCAAAAGAAGCCAGACAUAAAAGAGGACAUACUAUACGAUUAUAUAGAACACAAAAAUUGAGAACUUUUUAAUGUAGUUAGAAGUCAGGAUACCGGUGGGGGUUGAGGGGGUAGGUAGGGGUACGUAGCAGGAGGGAUAGUGAUGGAAAGAGCAAUGGGAGGUUUCUGUAGAUGCUAGUAAUGUUUUGUUGCUUAGUUUGGGUGCUGAUUACUCUGAUGUAUUCAGUUUGUGAAAAUUCAUUGAGUUGUACAUUUGUAUACUUUUCUGUACAUUUAUUAUAGUUCAAUUAAAAGUUUUUUUAACUUAACAAAAAUAAAAACUAUGAGUUCAUAUUGAUACUUUCAGUUCAAAUGUAAUACCACAUUAUUUUUAACUUUAAUUUUCUUCUUGCAUUUUCUGCUUUUCCCCGAAAGUCUUGUUGGAUUUUAACAAUGAGCUAAGUACAUGCUGUGAUUUAUAAGCAGUAUAAAAUACUUACAACAGAAUAUGAGCAUUACCACCAAAAAUAAAUGCUGAAUGAAGUUGAA